UCUCACUCAUGGAGAAAUCAAAAUCAUCCCUUCAUGCUCACGCUAACGGAGGUCUCACUACUGUUCUUUCUAUUGAUGGAGGUGGAAUAAGAGGGAUUAUUCCAGGAGUUAUGCUUGCAUUCCUAGAGUCUACGCUUCAGAAGAUAGAUGGUAAUGAUGUAAGGCUUGUAGAUUAUCUUGAUUGGAUUGUAGGGACGAGCACAGGUGGCCUUAUGGCGUCCAUGCUUACUACACCAGAUAAAAGUAAUCGCCCCUUAUAUUCUGCUAAAGAUAUUGUCCCCUUUUAUCGCCAACAUUGCCCUAAGAUCUUCCCCCAACCUAGCAGCUCUCGCAUUGGCAAAAUCAUACAUUAUUUGAAAUGUUUAGUAGGGCCCAAAUAUAAUGGGAAGUAUUUACGUAAGCUGUUGAAGGAAAUACUAGGAGACAAACAUUUGCAUGACAUGUUGACUAAUGUUGCAAUCCCAACUACUGAUAUAAAGCAAGGAUGUGCAGUUAUUUUCUCCAGCCAUAAGUUGAAAAAGGAUCCCAGCCUAGAUGCUUUGAUGUCGGAUAUAUGUGUUGGAACUUCAGCAGCCCCAGCUUACCUUCCACCUCAUCAAUUUAAUUCCACAACUUCAACAGGCAAAUCAAGAGAAUUCAAUCUCAUUGAUGGUGGAAUUGCUGCCAAUAACCCGGCUGUGGUUGGUAUAACCGAAUCGGAAAUAGACAUGCACGAGGGCAACACUGGCAUCCAUGAGCGGGUCUUACUUAUAUCACUGGGGACUGGUAUGACAUCUGAGAAGAAGUACGAUGCCAAAAAAGCAGCUUGUUGGGGUGCUCUGGAUUGGCUGAUCGGAAAAGAUCGUUCGGCUCCACUGGUGGAUCUUCUUAUGAGAGUAAAUAGUGACGUGAAUGAGUACCUCAGUCGUUCCUUUUUUAAAGCUCUUCAGUCUAAUGGCAAUUACCUCCGAAUUCAGGACGAUACACUAAGUGGAACAUUGGCUUCUGUGGAUAUUGCCACAGAAGAAAACUUGAAUGAUCUUGUAAAAGUUGGAGAGGCAUUGUUGAAGAAACCCGUUUCGAGAUUGAAUUUUGGUACCGGUAAACUCGAGCCUGUUCAUCCUGAGGUUACAAAUGAAGAGGCUCUCGUGAGGAUGGCGAAAAUUCUCUCUGAGGAGAGGGCUCGGAGGAAGAGACUGGUCGUUCACGAAAAUGCUGCUCUGCUCUCACAUAAGUCCUUGUAG